AUGGACUCAGAUACAGUCUUGCCUCCCAGAGUGCCAAGCUUGGUUCCUAGCCCGUCUAUGGCCGGUUUGACCGGUCUGAAGAGCAAUUUUUGGGAGCUGCACAGACAGCUCGCAGAAUGUUACAUGGCUGACAUGGCCCUCUCGGAAGCUCCCGACCUUGGCUACAGUGUGAGCCCGACUAUUGAGAACCAUCUGCAACCUCCAUACUCAAGGAAGCAAAGUCAGAGCAUGAGCCGCGCAUCCGACUCGCAGACGAAUGCGCAGUCAAGAAGGCAGAGUGGACUACCCGGAAGGCGAGACAAGUCACUGAAGACGCUUCUCCAAGUGCAAGGUCAACCCUUAUCCUUGACAUCCAGCGUGGGGGCCAGCGGUAUUGAGCUGAAGCCGCACGAGUGUUGGAUAUCUUCGAAUGCGAAGCCCCAAGGGCCCAUGGUUCGGGCAAAAGUCUCCGAGGAGCGUGAGCGACAGUACACCAGGUCAAGACGUGAGAUGCACAGUGGCGAGGCGCCAACAACAGAGGAGGCAGCUUCGCCCGUUGUAAGGAGGUGCGUGCUACAUCCCGGUGGGACAUGGCGCACUUUCUGGAACCUGCUGGUCGCCAUGUGUAUCUUCUACGAUCUGCUGGUUAUCCCCCUGUACGCCUUCGAACUUCCUUCGAGCGUCUUUCUUGCAGCAGCAGGGUGGUACAUACAGUUGUUCUGGAAUGUGGACUUUGUGCUCUCCUUCCUGACUGGCUUCUAUGAUGAAGGCACGCUUGUCUUAGCGCAUUCUCGCAUAGCUUGUCAUUACGCAAAGACUUGGAUGCUUUUUGAUAUAUCAUUGAUUGCAAUGGACUGGACCUUUGUCGUGGUGGACACAGUGGACGCCGCCGAAGCACAGUCAUUGCAAUGGUCGCGCAGCCUGCGCAUGCUACGUUUUCUGCGCUUGGUGCGCAUGUUGCGGUGGGUGAAGCUCCGGCGAGUGCAUGAAGUCUUUCAGGAGUACUUCCAUUCCCAGGCCGCCAGCUUGUACUACGGCCUUGCCAGCAGCAUCGCCCACCUCAUGGUGCUGAACCACUUAAUUGCAUGCGGGUGGUUUGGGGUCAGUCGCCUCAGUGAUUACAACUGGGCCGUGGAUAGCCAAAUCGAGAAUGACCCAAUCGGGCAUCAGUACCUUGUUUGUCUGAAUUGGGCCUUUGCUCAGCUCGGAGUCGGCAGCAGUUCGGCCAAGCCUACAAACAGCGUCGAGUUUGGCUUCUGUAUCCUGAUCACCUUCCGCUCUUUGAUUACAUCCUCUACCCUAAUUUCCACAGUCAGUAACUUGAUGGCAGGACUAAGCAAGAUCAAGGAGGAUGAGAACACAGAGUUCCGCCUCCUUCGCUGCUACCUGUCCCACAACGAAAUUCAACCGGAAUUGGGGCAGAAGGUCACGCAGUUUCUGCAGCACCAAUACACGCUUCGGCAGGAAGCAAGGUCUGCCGACAUGGAGGUGCCCUUGCUCGAGCUGCUUUCGCACCAGUUGAGGGGAGAGCUCCAGUUUGCCCGGCACCGGAAGUCCUUGGGCAAGCUGGCAUUGAUUGACGAGAUGAUCGAGGGUGAAGACUUGCAGACAUUACACGUGCUCCACCGCUUGGCCAUGACAGCUUUGAGUAACGCUUCAGUAGCAAGCAAAGACAUGAUCUUCUUCAGUGGAACCAGGGCUGCCCAUGCAUAUCUCAAGUUGAGCGGCGACCUCACAUACUUUACCGACAACUUGGAGGUGUCCAUGGACGACAAUGGUUGGAUUGCGGAAAUCUGCCUGUGGACGCCAUGGGUCUACUUGGGUGACCUUAUGGCUGAAGAUGUGAGCAGACUUGCUGUAAUGGAUGCUGAUCAAUUCUGCGAGAUCAUGUCGCACAGCUGGCUGACGCAAAGGGCUGCGGCCAAGCAUGCCAGGGAGUUCCUUGAAGCUCUGAAGCAGAAGCAGGAUCAUACUGAGUGGACGGAUCUGUACCCGCGUAGCGAGCCGCGUCGGAGCUCAACCGUUGGCCCGUUCGCUGCAGAUCUGCCCAAGCAGUGCUGCCCCAGCCUCUUCUCCAGAAGAGUGCCUCGGAAAAUCGCGCCAGAUCGCUCCUCCAAGAAGAGUGAUUUCGAUGAUGUGAGAGGGCCUAACUAG